AUGGACUCCCCGCUCCUUUCCCAUCUCUCGAAAGUCCUGUCCCUCUCGCCGCCCCAGUCUUCCUAUUCCGCUUCAACCCUCACAGGGCCCCUAACGUCUCACACUGGCACGGCGUACCUCUUCCUGUCCAUCUCGUCCGCCUUCCCGCGUUUGCAGGUCCACUCAUACCCAGCCAUACACUGGGCCAGGGCAUACAUAUCCAAUAUCCCAGCCCCGGACGGCCCAAUAUCCUCGCUGGAAGAGUGCCUGGGCCUCUCCUCCGAUGUUCUCUCCGGCACCGCCGUUCGUGCCUGCAUAACCCAAGACUUAUCCCAUGUCCGCACGUUCCUGAAUCUCCUGACGCCGAUUCUUGCCUCCAUCAACUCCAGAGACACCGCGCCCCUUCCAAGCUGUCUUGUUCAUGGCCUCGCGGGGACCCUAUACCUCCUUCGCCUCAUCCGGCACUGGGUCGCGUCAUCGGCCCCGCUCGUAUCCCGUGCGAUCGUCCACAUCUCGGAAUACCUCCUGUCCGUCCCGUGGUCCUGUCCACGCUCAAGCUCUCAUGGUGCAGCUGACGGGGAACUCGGCACGUUGACGCAGCUCGUGUUGACGUCACCGCCGUUGGCUCCUCGGCUAGCGGAGAAACUUACUGAGCUGUUGGAGCUGCAGGGUCCGGAUGGAGAUUGGCCAUCGCCGGCAGCGCCUGCACAGCCGGGGUCUCGUUCGGAAUGCCUAACGUUUGCGACCGGGGCGACGGGCUUGGUCGUUUCCCUCGCAUCUCUUCGGCCGUUCUUUCCAUCCCUCCAAGACCGUCUGGAUGCUGUUGUGGCCGACGCUAGAGACUUCAUAGCCCGGCAUCAGCGUGAGCUGCUGGGCGAAACGAGCCUGUGGUACGGUACUCUCGGCACGUCACUGGCGUUCCCCAAAGGACUUCAAAGAACCAACUCGAUGAAUCUCCCGUCUCCCUCGCCCACGUCCGAGUCCACGUCUACCGGAGAAAGCUCCACGGAAUCCUCGUCCCCGGGCGCCGUGGCAAAGGCCCAUGAUCCUGGCGCCGCGUGGGUGCUGGCUGUUUGCGAGAGGGAGAUGCCGCGGAUGCUGUUCUACAACGAUGUGUGA